CAGGAGGAACAUCUCAUGGCGUUUCCAUCCACGGAUUGGCUUUCACAUAUUCUCCUUCGGAUUUGUGCCAUUGUCUUGCUAGCCUCCACCUUCUCUGUGCUGGGUCAUGCAACUGCUUCAAGAGCACUAGGAUUUCCGCUGAAGUUGGAAUCACAUAUUGCCUUGAACUUCGAAGAUGAGACAACUAUUAUUAGGAGAUCAAAGUUUCCCAGUGAUUUCUUGUUUGGAGCUUCCACUGCUGCCCCGCAGAUCGAAGGAUCAACCAAGGGUGAAGGAAGAGGGCCAAGCAUUUGGGACACCUACAUGAAAAAACACAAAGAUAAAGUGAUUGAUGGAAGUAACAUGGAUAUUGCAAUUGAUUCUUACAAGCGUUACAAGGAAGACGUGGAGCAUCUCAAGAACCUUGGAGUAGAUGCUCAUAGAUUUUCCAUCUCCUGGACCAGGAUUCUUCCCAAUGGAACCUUGAGUAGUGGGGUGAACCAAGAGGGAAUUGAUCACUACAACAAUAUGAUUGAUAUGUUAGUCGAAUAUGGUAUCAAACCUUUUGCGACUCUGUAUCACUUUGACUCUCCUCAAGCCUUGCAAGACAAGUAUGGUGGCGUAUUGAGCAGAUCAUUUGUGGAUGAUUUCAAGGACUAUUGUGAAGUUUGUUUUAGAACAUUUGGAGACAGGGUAAAAAAUUGGAUUACAAUCAACGAACCACUAAUGAUUUCACAGCUUGGGUUCGACCUAGGGAUUGCCCCUCCAGGCAGGUGUUCAGACCGCGCAACUUGUGAAGCUGGUAAUUCAUCCACUGAGCCUUACAUUGUAACCCAUAAUCUUCUACUCGCCCAUGCCGCUACUGCCAGGCUUUACAGGGACAAGUACCAGGCAAAACAAGGGGGAGAAAUUGGAAUUUCCCUUGUAGGGCAAUAUUAUGAGCCCUAUUCUGAAUCAUUGGAUGAUAAAGCUGCACAAGAAAGAGCCUUGGACUUUCAGUUGGGAUGGUAUAUGGAACCAUUAGUGUAUGGAGAAUAUCCUAGUAUCAUGAGAGAAUUAGUGAAGGACAGGCUCCCAACUUUCACUGAGAAGGAGAAGAAGUUAGUGAAGGGCUCUUUUGAUUUUGUUGGCAUAAACUACUACACAUCAAACUAUGCCAAAAGCAUCCCAAUAGAUCCAAAUGCUACAUCAACCAGCUAUACUAAUGACCAAUUUAUAAUUGCCACAGUAGAGACCAAAGAUGGAGAUCAUAUUGGCCCAAAGGCUGAAGGGAACACCAACAUUUAUGUGUAUCCAGAAGGGCUUCAGAAAGUAUUGGAGUUCAUCGAGCAAAAGUACCAAAACCCUAAAAUCUAUAUCACUGAGAAUGGGAUUACCGAAGAACGAAACGACAACCGUGGACUAGUUGAAGCACUGGAUGAUCCACAUCGAAUUGAAUAUAUUCAGCAGCAUUUGCAUAGAGUUCAUAAAGCAAUCAAGAAUGGGGUGAAUGUGAAAGGUUAUUUCUACUGGAGUCUGUUUGAUUCCUUUGAAUGGUUAGGGGGCUUCACGGUAAGAUUUGGGCUGUAUUAUAUAGAUUAUAAGGACAAUCUUAAGCGUAUCCCCAAACUUUCUUCCCUGUGGUAUCAUCAUUUCUUGCAAGGUGAUAGAAGGCAGGCAUAUUAAAUCUACUCUACUUUCAUGACUAUGAUG